CCGACCUUUCCCCCUUCCCCUCGCUCCCCACCCAGCCUCGCCGAGAUCUACCCACCCCUAGGGCGCCGCGCCCCGACCACCGGCGGCGAGGACCCGUACCAGCACCGGCGGGCGAGCUCGGACCUCCACGCGGCAGGGCUGAUCGACGGGAGCCGCAGGAAGGAAGGAAGGAAGCAGCCAUGGGGCAGCAGUCGCUGAUCUACGCGUUCGUGGCCCGCGGCACCGUCGUCCUCGCCGAGUACACCGAGUUCACCGGCAACUUCACCACCAUCGCGUCCCAGUGCCUCGUCAAGCUCCCCGCCAGCAACAACAAGUUCACCUACAACUGCGACGGCCACACCUUCAACUACCUCGUCGAGGACGGAUUCACAUACUGUGUAGUUGCUGUUGAAUCAGUAGGGCAACAGAUGCCCAUUGCUUUCUUGGUUAGGAUAAAGGACGAUUUCAGCAAAAGAUAUGGUGGUGGGAAAGCAGCUACUGCUGCAGCAAGCAGCCUCAACAGAGAGUUUGGGUCCAAACUUAAAGAACACAUGCAGUACUGUGUAGACCACCCUGAAGAGAUAAACAAGCUCGCUAAAGUGCAAGCACAAGUUUCAGAAGUCAAAAACGUUAUGAUGGAAAAUAUUGAGAAGGUUCUUGAUCGUGGAGAGAAGAUUGAGCUGCUUGUUGACAAGACAGAGAAUCUCCGCUCACAGGCUCAAGAUUUCAGGCAGCAAGGAACACAGGUAAGGAGAAAGAUGUGGCUACAAAACAUGAAGAUCAAGCUGAUUGUCCUUGGCAUAAUCAUCGCCCUCAUCCUUAUCAUCAUCCUGUCGGUGUGCCAUGGAUUCAAGUGCAACAAGUAAGGGUGGCGAGAUUGUCCGUCCAACUCAUUCAACUGUCACUAUAUUACUCUGCUGCUGCUGCUUCGAGCAAAAAACCAUAUGGUGUUUUGUUCUUUCUUCUCUUAGUGUGCU